UCAAUAAUUUCCUGUGUCUUCUGCAAGUGUCUUCUUCAGCCUUCACAAGUCCUCAAUCGUCAGUCAACAAACCAUAUCAGUCGCGUUUUCACAAUGACGUCGUCUACUCCUUUCGAAUCGUUCACCAUUCGUCUUCCUCAUCCGUACCUGACGACGUACGAGGCCUACAAGUCUUCAAAAUCAUCGCAAGAGCAGUUGGUAUUGCAGAUUAGAAGAGCCAAUCCGGCUCCGAACUCGCUCCCAGAAGGAAUCCCGCCUCCAGACGAGCUCGAGUCCGAUUCCAUCUUCAUAACGCAACCUGCCGAUCGACCGGCUGAUGCCCCGCCACAGUCAGACAAUACUGCUUGGGGACGAGCCCGUCGUAGUCCGCUUGCUACGUUGGAAUGGGUUGGUUCCGAAAAACCGACCCUAGCGCAAUCAUGGCUGGCUAUCUACGUCCUUUUGGAGAUGUCUCCCCAGCUGGAGCAGCUUCGCUUCAGCCUGAAGGGAUCCGGCGCGGAAGCUCUGAAGGAGCAACUCUGCACCGUUAUGCUGGCCAUCCAACACCCUCUCCCGAUUGUCUUCUCAAGUAUCGCAACUCCAUGGUCGCCAUUGCCUACCGAAUGUAUCAUCCUUAGAAGCGCCUUCUGGCAAGGUGCUGGGUCCCCAUUCGGCGCUCGUCCUGUAUGGCUCCCAGAAACUCCCUUUGAUGGCCAAAAGGCAUUGUCCACAUAUCCUCCAAUGCCGCUGGAUUACAUGCAGACAACAUCGUUCCCUGAAGGCCGCGUCCAUACGCGACACCUUCGACGGCCUGCAAAGCCGCAGCCUGGUUCAACCAUAUACAGCCGAUACAUCCCGCAUCUGCGGGAGCACUUUUCCAUGGUUGCCUUGGACAUCGCAAACAAGGAGCACCUCGACCUAUUCCAUCGAUGGCAGAACGAUCCACGGGUCGCCCAAGGGUGGAACCAAAGCGGGACCAUGGAAGAACAUCUCGAGUAUUUGACUGAUAUACACAACGACCCGCAUCAAAUGGCGGUCCUGGCAAGUUUCGAUAAUACGUUUUUCGCGUAUUAUGAGAUAUACUGGGCCCAGGAAGAUAACUUGGGCGCAUACCACAAAUUCCAGCCUCACGAUCGCGGUCGACACUCUCUCGUUGGAGACGUUCGUUUCCGGGGUCCUCACCGGGUUGCCAUGUGGUGGGCAGCGAUUCUGCACUACAUUUUCCUGGAUGAGCCCCGGACCAUGCGCGUCGUAGGAGAGCCAAAAGCGACCAAUGCGACGGUUCUUGCUUAUGAUUUUGCGAACGGGUUCGCGGUGCAUGAGUGGGUUGACCUCCCACACAAGCGAUCUGCUUUAAUGGUCUGUCCCCGGGAGCGCUUCUUCCAACUCUGUCCCAUGGCGUACGAUGGCGUUGUCAAAGGUGCUGAUGGCAUCGGACCGAUGGCGAGAUUGUAGUAAACUGUUCCUCAUUGGGAUGUUUAAUCGACAAAGCAGUUGCUCUUAAUAAUACAAUCAAGACCAUUGAUUUCAAAAAAAAUCGUCAUUCUUAUCUGCGGUGUAAUGGCUUGCCAAGGGUGGAUCAUCGACGCAAGCAGGGUGCACCCAGCCACCCCAUUAUGCCCGUUUUCGUCCCUGGAAGCAUAUCUGGGCCGGGCAACGGUAUGAUUUCAAACCUCUGGCCACAGUAAUUUGGUGAUAUUGUCAACUGUUUAUUACCCCUGGUGGAGUGGCUAGACGCUGGAGGGUGAUUUUUGGGGGUUGCCUUGGCCCGAGAAGACUGCCACCCCACGGUUUCGCCAACCUAUCAGAGACUGUCAACCAUCUCGU